AUCAUCUACGGGCAAGACAGAUAAACUCUUCUCGGAGACUCUGGAUGGGCUACAUGAAACAUUUAUGUUAGUUUGAAUGACUUAACUCUUCCCCCUGCGUGCUGAACAGCUGUGAGAGCCGAGCCGCGGCUUGAACCUUACUGACAAGCUAUGGCCAGUCCAGAGGACGUGAUCGAGCCUUUGGCAGAGAGGUCAGCUGCCUGUAGCCUUCGCAGACGACGCUUCUCACACGACUUCAACUAUUUGACUGAAGAUGAACUAGAUAGCCUCAUGUCGAGCAGCGAAGGACGUCCUUUCUUUCUGGUGCAUCGUCUUUCUGAAAUAAAAGGGAAAGAUGUCCCUUACCUCAUGCCUGGUGUUUCUGUCACAUGCAGAUUGGAUAACACAGAGAAGCACACUCGACGCUCAAAGUCCAGGAACAUGAAUGUUAGUGUUGGAACCCUGUAUACACUGAAUCUAACACAUGGCCACUUCCACUGGACUAUAAAGAGGAAGUACAAGAACUUUCAGGAAUUGCAUCGCGACCUUUACAAGCAGAGAAUAAUGCUUCAUUUGCUGCCAAUUGGAAGAUUUGCGAAGGACAGGCAGCAGAUGAGAACUAUGUUGGAGGAAAUGCCCAGCCUGCAUGGGACUGAGCGGACCAGAAGAACCUCAAGCAAAGUGAAAUACCUCGAGGCGUACCUGAAUUGUUUGCUGGAGAAUGCAUUCUGUCGGAAUGAUAGCAGCAUGCUGGAUUUCCUCUCUAUCAGUCCUCUCUCCUUUGUCACUGAUCUUGGACCUAAGGGCUUGGAGGGACCUAUCUUGAAGAGAUCAGGGGGUCACCGAGUCCAAGGCCUGAACUGCAUAGGUCAUCAUCAGAUCUGUUUCCGCUGGUCACUCCGCUGGCUGGUGGUGAAAGACUCUUUCCUGUUGUACAUGAAACGAGAUGGUAGCAGCAUCGACUUUGUGCUGCUGUUUGAUCCUGAGUUCAAUGUGAAAGUGGGCCGUGUUGACACGGGCACCAAAUAUGGAGUCUGCUUCCAGAACUAUACUCGGAGUUUGAUUAUCAAGUGCAACAGCUAUAGACAAAGUCAUUGGUGGAGCCAUGAAAUCAACUCUUUGGCACAAACAUGCGACUUUCUUAAAAUGCAUCGCUUUGAAGGAUUUGCUCCACCACGGGAGGGCACUCUCACGAAAUGGUAUGUGAAUGGAAGUGGGUACUUUGCUGACCUGGCUGAUGCUCUUGAACAAGCCAAGGAGGAGAUUUUCAUCACAGAUUGGUGGCUCAGCCCUGAAGUGUUACUAAAGAGACCAGCAACUGACAACCAUUGGCGGCUGGAUGAGAUCCUCAAACGCAAAGCACAACAGGGAGUCAAGGUUUGUGUCCUGCUGUACAAAGAGGUGGAGAUGGCACUUGGCAUCAAUAGUGAGCACAGCAAGAGGACUCUUAUGAAUAAGCACCCAAACAUCAAGGUGAUGCGGCAUCCUGACCAUGUGUCUUCUGUGGUGUAUUUCUGGGCUCAUCAUGAGAAAAUGGUGGUCAUUGACCAAACAGUAGCCUUUGUAGGGGGAAUUGACCUGGCGUUUGGGAGGUGGGAUGACAGCCAGUAUCACCUAACUGACCUUGGUGCGAAAGAGAAAACCAACAGGGUAACCGAAGAGGAAGUAGGGGACACUAUAGAUGGUAAUGGUACGGCUCAUGGCUCAAAACCAUCUGAAGCAGAUAAACAGGCAGGGCAGGCCCCACGUGAUUUGACUGGUAACACUAAACUGUGGCUUGGCAAAGACUACAACAACUUUAUCAAGAAAGACUGGGUCCAACUGGACAGACCAUUUGAAGAUAACAUUGAUCGUACUCAAGUUCCUCGUAUGCCUUGGCGUGACCUGUCUGCAGCUAUUCAUGGCAAAGCUGCCAGGGACAUAGCCCGACAUUUUAUCCAGCGCUGGAAUUUUGCCAAGAUCUUCAAAAUCAAGUACAAGGACAACUUCUACCCUUACCUUCUUCCGAAGUCUCAUUCCACUGCUGACUCUCUGCCAUUCACUGUGCCUGGAUCCAAGAAAGCCAGAGUGCAGGUGCUUCGCUCUGCUGAUCAUUGGUCAGCUGGAACUUGCGAGAGCUCGAUCCAUAAAGCUUACAUCGACACCAUCGAGAAGAGUGAGCACUACAUCUACAUCGAGAACCAGUUCUUCAUCAGCUGUUCUGACCAGAAGACCAUCCACAAUGGCAUCGGGGAUGCAAUCGUCAAUCGAAUCUUGCGUGCAUACAGAGAAAAGAAGAAGUACAGAGUGUAUGUGGUGGUGCCUCUGCUUCCUGGAUUCGAAGGAGACAUCAGUACAGGAGGUGGAAAUGCCAUUCAAGCUAUUCUGCACUUCACUUACAGGACCAUGUGCCGAGGGGAGCACUCCAUCCUGUCUCGACUAAGUGAAUUGAAGGAUCAGUGGGUGGAGUACAUCACGCUGUGCGGUUUGAGAACGCAUUCCCAGCUCUCCGAGUCACUUGUCACAGAGCUCAUCUAUGUUCACAGCAAGACCCUCAUUGCUGAUGACCGCUGCUAUAUCAUUGGAUCAGCCAACAUCAAUGACCGUAGCAUGAUGGGCAGCCGAGACAGUGAGUUGGCAGUAUUUGUGGAAGAUGAAGAGAGGGUCCCAUCCAUCAUGGGAGGGGAGGAAUACCAAGCAGGACCACUGACACUCGCCCUACGCAAAGAGUGCUUCAGGGUUCUUGUUGGAGCUGCUUCAGACCCCAGUAUCAAUAUUGAUGAUCCAAUCAGUGAUGAGUUCUUCUUCUUGGUUUGGAAUGAUGCUGCUAAAACAAAUGUCAUCAUUUAUGACAAGGUGUUUAGAUGUCUGCCCUGCAACAGUGUCCACAACAUACAAGGCCUGAAGGAGUAUAUGAGCAUGGAUCGCCUUUGUGACACAGACCCUGACCAGGCCAAAGAGGAACUGAAGGCCAUCCGAGGGCUCCUGGUCCAUUUCCCCUUAAAGUUCCUGUGUGAGGAAAACCUUCUGCCUCCACGGAAUACUAAAGAAGGCAUGGCUCCUGUAGGGCUGUGGACAUAACAGCACUUCAUCCAUGUUUAUAUCACUACAUGACAGCGCAGCUGCUGCUGUACCACAGUUGUCUUUCUUGUAGUUCUAGAUCCCCUAAUACAUUUAUUUAGCACUGGACACAAAAGUAGUUACAGCACUAGCUCCUGAGUGGUGAGAAAUGCCACAGGCGUUACCCUUAACAAGAUUUAUUAAUGAUUAGUUUGUCUUUUUUGAUUUACAUUGGGCUAAUCUAUACAUAACCUCUGAUAUGCAAAUGUUAGAUGAUCUGUGGUCAUCCAUUGUCUAUGUUAAUUUGUACUGACUGAUUUGUUCAUGAUGUCUGCUUUAUAAUUUCUUGCGUUCAAUCUGAUCUGCAUGUCUGCUGGUGGUGCAAAGCAACGAUAAAUGAAUGUGUGAGUCAGGAGAGGAUUGCAAGGUUGUAUUGGAAAUCAGGCAUCUCACAUGAUCUGGGAACAUAGUGUACAUUUAUUGGUGCAUGAUUUUUGGGUGGGUGGGUGACUGUGUGUGUGUGUGUCUCUCUCUCUCUCUCUCUCUCACUCUCUCCCUCUGAGGCUUCACCUCUCACUGCAGUGCCAGAAAAUCUGUCAGAACAUUUGUGGUUGUUAUGGUGACGGAUAUAAAGAGAUGACUGGAUUGUAGCUGAAAUAAAGACUGGAUAGGGCAGAAAAGAGAGAGUGCUGAUAAGAGGUACAACUUACUAAAUCAGGAUGGUGCACUGGGAAAAUGGAUGCUAAUAUGUUGAUAGGGUGGCUGACCAUUUCUGGACAUAUGAUCAGGUGGAGAAACUGUGAGAGGGUAAAAGAAAAUGAGGACAAGAUAAUUAAAGGGUGUUAGGUUGAUUUCCUGAUAAUUGUUGGGUUUUUUUUUAAAGUCACAUGACAGCCUAGUGAAUUAUUUUUUUCAGUGAGUUGUCGACAGUCCAGAACAGAACAUUCCACUACCCACUUGAGACCGUUGAAUAUCUCAGCUAUUUUCAUGUUGGGGCCAGUGUCUUGCAUGUGUACCAUAUGUUAUAUUUGCUCACAGGCAUAGUCAUUUGUUUAGGUGUGUUAUUUUUAGCCACAGCACUGACUUUAGUAGUGACGUGAUGUGGUUUUCAUAUUCUCACUGAUUGCCAUUUUUGGGCCAUCACUGGGUUAUAUCUUAAUGUCAUUCCGUCAUUCCUAUGACUGCUGCUGAGCAAUCUUUUAAUGCUUGCACUGGAUACAUUUGUGGUGUUGCUGGUGAAAAUGGACAGGAAACCCUUCCUCUUUUGACUCAUUGCACUGACUGUAAUAUCGUGUAAUACUUCAGCAGAAUGUACAGCAUGUGCUGCCUUCCUCAUGAAGAAAAACAGGAAUUAGGGUAUUAGGGUGAUGGAAAACCAAAGCGAGGGGAAAUAUGACUUUCUGUAACCUUAGAUUGUGCACUUGGGCAAAACUGUAACUCAUUUUUACAUAUUUGAAAGUUGGGCCAAGUUUUAUUACGUGCAUUUUUAUCACAAGUUUUUAGAGAACAACCAGCAGAAGGGGGGAUAAAGACCAGUCUGUAAAACUUGUGACUGGGGCUCUGUUUUAUAUUCCUAGCCUCGUGCUAGUGUUAUGACUACUGUGUGUGUGUGUGUGUGUGUGUGUGUGUGUGUGUGUGUGUGUGUGUGUGUGUGCGCGCGUGCGCGUGCGUGUUCGAGUGGAGCCCUGCAAUACCACGCUACAUGUUUUUAAAGAGACAAGAUAAAAGAUGACCUGUAAUGAUUGACAACAAACCAUAAAAAGUUAAAACAGAGUUGGUGCAGUUGUACAGACUGUUGUAUAAGCUUUUGACACACUCCUACAAGUGAACACUGACUGGGUGGUUCCAGUGCAAACUUGUCUGUGAAUGUGACAGAUGAAAGGUGCCCCAUGGGACCAAGUCUACAUGAAGUGUCUCUCACAGAAGGGCCAGUAAAACCAACUGCGUUUAGAAAUGAUGCUGUGCUGGCAUCAGAACUAUUCAUGCUUCCCUUUGUAAGGUAAUAAAAGCCACUACAAGCCCUUUCAUAUAUUUGCUAGCCUCUUUCACACAGCACAAAAUGGUUGUCUUAACUGGUGUUCCCUGUAAGUUCUGCAGGAAUGUCUGUGAUAUACCGAGAAGUGACCUUAUACUGUUUCUAUCAUGAAUUGUAUUUUUAUCUGACUAAUAGCCAGCGUUGCCAAAUCGUUCAUAGGAAUUUAUUACUUGUGGAAACUUUUGUGUUUAUCUCUGAGAGUCAGUGUGUGUAAAACGAUUUUUCCUGCAGAUCUGUAGAUCUGUCAUUACCUUUAGAAUUACUGCUGUGUAAAAUCACUAACACUCAGGAAUAGACAGGUAUGAUAAAUAUUCUUAGUCUUGUUACUGCAGUUAGGAACUACUUGUACUUUGAGGUAUGUUACUUUUCUGUUGAAUUAUUA